CGCGCUUUUCCAUGAACGACGGUCUGUCUCAGUUGGCAAAGCUGGAAAAGUUGGCGCUGACAGACAUCGGACCGUGGAAAUAUACUGACGUCCUCUUGAUUGCCGAGGCGUUCCCUUGGCUAGAAGAGUUCAGGUACUCGGCUAGAGAUAUGAGCACUGAUCUCUGGGCAUGGUUCAAACGCAACCGUCCUGAUGUGAAAUUGAUUGGGGACCCGCUUCCAAAGCGAUGCAGACUGGAAACACCCGUAAACCAUCACCAUUAGCAAUUGAUGAUGUACUUCAUUCCCACACUUAAAUUUCCCUGCACCUUACACACUCUCAUAGUCAUUUGACCUGUCCAACAACAUGGAACAUCAUACUUCUGAAUCCAAAGAAUCCCAGGGUCAGGUAAGCGCUGGCACUGCUAUCCUCUCAUCCAGCGCAAAGCUCCUCCAGAGCUUCAACCCGCUCGGUGGUAUCUGUGAAUCUCUUUGCGGACUGCAUUUGUUUCCAAACGACCCUAAGCGUCAAUACAUCGCAUAUCACUAUUGCCAUAUGAUCGACGAAGAUCGUCGGCAGUGCUUGAUUUAUGAUAGUGAUUCCGAAACUGCAAAGUUAGUGGGUGUCGAGUAUGUCAUUUCAGAAAAAUUAUUCAAGACCCUCGAUGAGAAUGAGAAGAAAUUCUGGCACUCGCACAAAUUUGAGGUCGAGAGUGGUAUGCUCGUUGUGAACGCCAAGGGCAUGGUGCCAGCGGUAGUGGCCAAGACGGCCGAGAUGCCUGUGAUGCAGGGUUUGGUCAAUACCUACGGUAAAGCCAUUCAGACAUGGCCUGUUGAUGACAAUGGUGAAUGCUCCUGUCGAGUCCCUACUGGCCCUCCUCAGAUCCUGGCAUCAUUUACUUCGGAUGACCAAAUCAGGCAGGAUAUCCUUGAUAAGCGUGACAAAGAACUAGGCAUCUCGACCACAGAAAAGCGCAAAGAACGCGAGGGCAAGAUCCAGGGAAAUCCCGUCGUAGAAGGUGCUGAUCAAUGGACCAAGGGUAAAGCCUGGCAGAUCUACGAUGAGGGGGCUCACGGUUCUGUGAGGGUGUAAGGCGCAGAUGGAAGUAGAAAGUGUUUCUCUCUCACCAUAAACACGACUAAGCUAAGCAACUAGCUGCUUGGAAAAUAACCUUAGUCUACAGUCUUUUGCUAGUAUAACUUAGUGCACAAUCUGAAUAAAGAAAACAUCUCUUACA